AUGAUCAAAGAUAUCGAGGUGAUCAGUAAUCAAGAUCGGUUGUGCCUACGAGAGUGGAUGGAGGCCGAUCCGCCAAAGCCCGCAACCACCAUCCAUGGUCUCGUGAAUCGGCAGUACCAUGAGCGCCCCGCGCACAUUGCCAUAUCUAGUACUUCAGGAGACAUCACUUAUGAAGAACUGGGAAUUAAGUCUGCCGCGAUGGCGCGAAAGCUCCGAGAAAAUGGAGUUGGGGCGGGAGAUAUUGUCGGAGUCUGCGUGAAGAAAUCCGCAUUGUCUCUCAUGAUCCUCCUAGCUAUCCUGCGAGCAGGCGCAGGUUACAUUCCUAUUUCAACUUCCAUUCCCAUCGAUCGCAUGGAGUAUAUCACGCGGAAGGCUGAAAUGCAAGUGCUGGUGACGGAGGGCCCUAUUAUCGAGAGACUGAAAGGCCACGACAGCUUUCACGAGUUUCGAAUGAUAACCCCCACAUAUCUGGAUCAAGAGGAAGCCCUUUCCAAUGAAUGGGCUUCGGAGCUUGACGCGGAUCCAUCUCAGGUGGCUUAUGCAAUGUUCACGUCCGGUAGCACAGGGCAACCAAAAGGUGUUGCGCAUAAUCAUGGUGCGGUUUCUGGAUCAUUGGAGGCUGUUGCCCAGGUCUUUGAACUGGAUUGCUCAACGAGGUUCCUGCAAUUCGCCUCAUUCUCUUUUGAUGCUAGUAUAUGCGAAAUAUUCGCUCCGUGGGUUGUGGGAGGCACGGUCUGCAUACCCUCCGAGGACGAACGCAUUGGAAACCUUGCGGGGGCUAUGCAUGAGCUCACUGUGACCGAUGCAUCCUUGACGCCCGCAAUUGUCGCAUCCCUGAGACCAGAAAGCCUACCAACGUUGAGGAAUUUGUACAUUGGAGGCGAAGCGCCAACCACAACGAUCCUGAAUACCUGGGCUGAUAAGGUCAGACUGAGCAAUAUUUAUGGACUCACUGAAGGUGGAGUCUGGGACACAGUCGAGUUAAAAUUGGGGUCCAAUGAUAGCCCAAAAGCUAUCGGGCGUGGUAUUGGAGCAAAAUGUUGGAUCGUCGAUCCGGAAAAUAUUCACAAAUUGCAACCAAUCGGAGUGGAGGGUGAAGUACUACUUCAGAGCCCCUACCUCGCGAAGGGGUUCUUAGGUGACACAGCGGGAAACAGUGAUGCUUUUAUCUCUCUACCGGAAUCGCUUUCGACCCUCACCGGGCCAUCUCCGGCGCGUUGCUACCGAACUGGAGACCUGGCCCGAUGUCAACCGGGUGGGGGAAUGAUAUUCACUGGCCGUCGAGCUGGGUUUGUGAAGAUUCGAGGGCUGCGUGUCGAGCUAGGCGAGAUCGAAAAGGCUAUCCGUGACUACCUUCACACCGGUGAACAAGCUGCGGUCAUUUUGGCCAGGGACGAGAAGAAUGAUAACCCGGAGCUGGUAGCUUUCGUGGAACAAAAGGAAGGGCGACCCUCAUCAUUCGCCGAUCAGAUGAGCGCAGGCUUGCAGAACGUCUUGCCAUCAUACAUGGUGCCCAGUGCCUUCGUCACAGUUCAGUCCAUGCCAUUGACUGAGUCCAAAAAAAUUCACCGACAAGAGUUGACUGCACGUUGGGCAAGCAUGACACUAUCCGAUACCAUGGCGUUCCGGCCUGGAGGCACGCCCAGUCAUACCUGGUCUCGCAUCGACCCUGCCAAUUCGCGAGCCAUUGCACUGAGCAACAUUAUUGCGAACAUCGUUGAAACCAAACGGCCAUCGGCUGGGGAAAUCCUACGCGGUUGGGACUUUCCGUUGACCAGUGUGGGAUUGGAUUCCAUUCAGACGGCAUAUCUUUCAGGGGAGAUCCGCCGCCAUUUGGGAGGGGCGACUCAGAUCCAAGACCUACUACAGCCCGGGGUCACAGUGUGUCAACUCGAUCGCCGUUUGUCCGAAUGUAACGGUGACGGAUUUCAUGGUCCAAGAGACCUUCUCGGCGAAUUGAGCUCCAUCGAUGUGCAGGUAGUGAAUCUCGCUCAAAAGAAGAAGACAAUAUUUGCAACAUCUGUGACUGGCUUUCUAGGAAGCCAGCUACUUCGGGAGUUACUAGAGAGCCCUAGCGUGGAACGAAUCGUGGGAUUAGUACGUGCUGGUAGCGAAAAGCAAGCCCGAGAAAAGAUACGAGCCCAGGCUCAACUUGGUCAGUGGUGGCAAGCUGAAUUCGACUCUCAGAUUGAAGUAUGGCUUGGUGACCUGAGCCUUCCAAAGUUGGGGCUUGACGAUGCGCAUUGGAAGGAUCUUACCGGUCAUUUGCGGAUUGAUGGAAUCAUCCACAAUGGUGCGCGAGUCAACUGGAUGGAUGAUUUCUCGACCCUGAAGCCGACCAACGUCGACAGCACCUGUGUCAUUCUGGAGGCCCUUUCCGAGAUGCCAGCACCGUGUCCAUUCACAUACGUGUCCGGUGGGUAUCUACCAUUACCGACAGAAACCCGAGAACAAGUUUUGCACAAUCUCGCUCAUGCAUCUGGGUAUGACCAGACCAAGUUUUUAUCACGAAUGAUGGUAGAGAGAUAUAAUCACCAGCUCGAGCAAUGGCCGAACACAUCAACCCCGCGGGCACGGGUGGUCCACCCAGGAUAUCUUGCAGGCACAAGGUGGGAAGGAAUUGCCCACCCGGAGGACUUUCUGUGGCGCCUCGCCUAUUGCUUUUCAUCUCUUGAAACUGUGAGCAGCGACAUGUUGAAAGCGCACAUUCCAGUGGCAGGGGUCGAGCAAGUAACUUCCCUCGUGGUCGACAGCGUCCUGAAUCCGCAGGGCAAACAAGUUGUGGAUUGCCAUGAUGGGGUAUCGGUUGAGACCCUUUGCAAAAUCAUCAGCAGUUGCAGUGAUCGCUCGAUCAGGACAGUGAGCCACGGCGAGUGGAUGGCAGCAUUAAGGGCCGACGUGGAAAGAAGUGCUUUGGACCAUCCUUUCUUACCUGUCUUGGAUUGGUUUGAGGCAAAUAUGGAGCAAUUCACGGGUCCUUCUCUACUUGAGUGGCCCACUGCAUUCAAUCAAAGAGAUACUAUCGCAGCGCUGGAUAAAAGCACCCGGUACCUGAUGAGUAUCGGCUUCCUUCCUUGCGAAGAUGGCAGUCGUGUGCCUGUUGAUCAGCCCAGCAGCCCUCAAUUUCAAAGAUCUAGCAAAUAG